AUGCCCUUAUUUGCUCCCAAUGAGUCAGUAACUGCCGAUGACUUUUCAUGGGACGCCUUCCCCCCGCCACCGCCUGAACCGGAGCACUGGCAGCCCGACCCCGACUCAGUUGCAAAGCCGGGCAAGCUCCCCGAUCCGCGAUUUAACCAUGAUCCGUACGAGGAUGCAAGAAUGAAGGCUUUCACGAACGAAUACAAAGUGUAUCACAUUCCAGCGGAUGUCGCUGCGAGCCUGAAGUCCGGUUCACCAUCACCAGCCGUGAGUGAAUCAAUUUCAGUCCGCUCAGGCCUAGGAUCUUGGCCCACUCCAGUUGCUCGUGCCUCAGGAUAUCCUCGCGACCUCGUCAAUAACGUCAGUUCCCCGCCGUCCAAGAACUCAGUCGGAUCAAGUGCGGAAACCACAGGCUUGCCUGACGGAACACUUACUACGCCCGCCAAGCGCUCAACUACUCGAAUCGCUACUUUUGCGAAAGACAACAUCCCAGUCAGCUUGUUAGAUUGUCUCCAGUCCCAGGCUCCCGCUAUCUCAACUACCUUAGCGAAGUCUAUGCCAGCAGCCAAAGGCGUCGCGCCGGCAUGGGCAGCUCCUCUAAGAAAGGCUCUAGCAGAGGAGAUUCACACGGCACCUACUCAGUCUAGUAACCCGUCCCGCGCUUCCAUUCCUCCACACCUGCGGAAGUCUGCCAAACAGGCUGUUAGCAUGGCUAGCCCGCGUUUAGACCCUGCCGCAAAGGUCUACGAGCCUCGCAAAGAUCAUAUUGGCGAGAUGGCCACUCGUCAAUUAGCAACUAGAGCACCUGAAACACUGGUCAACGGGGAGGACAGACUUGAUGAUGAGGCACUAGCUUGGAAAAUGGCUACGACUGACCUUGAUCUAGACAACGCUAAGGACGGACUACAGCUUCAAGAGAAGAUUCUGGGCGACUUUAACGGCAAGCAAUCCGAUGUGCCUAUACCAUCUACCCCCAUGAGAAUGAGCAACCACCGUCGUGGCAAUCAUGGCCACUGGAUUAAGACUAGAAUGGUGAUGAUCAUGGAGGAAGAUCUUGAUCUAAUGAAGCCUGCAAAUGAGCGUGAGCUUAUGGCCAUGUCGGAUGAUGAGAUCAAUAGAUACCUUGUGAAGGUUUCGUCCGCUCACGAGCAUUGGUGGGAGGCCGAAAAGAGGCUCUACAUUGACGAGGCCAGUGACACUGAGUAA